AUGGAAUGUUUCUCUUGUGUGGGUGCUCACCCCCGAAAGAAGAACUUCAUCGGUGAAAGCUCCGACACAGGCUCCAUCACUCGUCUUGUCGAUUCAAUUGAUCUAGAGACGGAGAUUUCGCUCGGUGAUGUGGAAAAGAAGAGCAAUGCUCAUAGCUUCGCUUUCAAAGAGCUUGCGGCCGCAACCAAGAACUUUAAGUCUGUCCUUGGCGAAGGCGGCUUCGGGAAGGUCUUUAAAGGGGUGUUGAAUAAUCAGGUUGUGGCAAUCAAGCAACUGAAUCGAGAAGGUUUGCAAGGGAAUCAAGAGUUCAUGGUGGAGGUUCUAAUGUUGAUCACUCUUCGGCAUCCUAAUCUUGUGACGUUGAUAGGAUAUUGCGCCGAGAAGGAGGAAAGGCUUUUGGUUUAUGAGUUCAUGGCUCAUGGAAGCUUGGAAAAUCACUUGUUUGAUUUAACUAACGAGCAGCAGGCAUUGAACUGGAAUACAAGAAUGAAAAUAGCUCUUGGUGCCGCAAAAGGCCUGGCUUAUUUGCACAAUGUUGCAAAACCUCCUGUAAUUUACAGAGACCUGAAAUCAGCAAACAUAUUGUUGGAUGAAGACUUCAAUCCGAAGCUCUCCGAUUUCGGACUUGCCAAGCUUGGCCCUGUUGGAGAUGACACUCAUGUUUCAACCAGAGUUAUGGGAACAUAUGGAUACUGUGCUCCUGAUUAUGCUCAGAGCGGUAAGCUUAAUGUUAAGUCCGAUGUUUAUAGUUUCGGUGUUGUACUUCUCGAGCUAAUCACAGGACGAAAAGCCUUCGAUUAUGAGCAGAAAUCUGGAGCCCGGAGUUUGAUAGUUUGGUCGAGACCUUAUCUCAAUAACAGGAGAAGGUUCACCGAACUUGCUGACCCUUUGUUGCAAGGACAAUACCCUUUAAGAGCAUUCUACCAAUUAGUUUCGGUCACCUCUCUAUGUCUCCUUGACCACCCGGAGAGACGGCCUCUAAUGCAUGAAGUCGUAUCAGCAUUAGAGUAUGUUGCGUCUCAACCUUUUAGUGUCGCAAAAUCAUAA